AUGAAUUCCUCUACGGCGACGGAGCCGAGCGACGCUUCCAAGACCCUCUUGGUUGGAUCGCUUUUGGCGGCGCGGGAGGGCGUGUACCAGAAUGCCGUGCAGGAACUGCAGGGAAAGAGCUCGGUUCUUGAGACAGAGAUGCUCGACCGUCUCACCGACACAGACUACCAGCCUGCGGCCAAUUUUUUUGAUCAAGUGUAUGUUAUGGCGCCAUCUGAAGGCACGCCUUGGGCGGCUCUAUUGUCGAAGCUCUCUGCUGCAGUUGCACCGGGUGGGAAACUGCGCGCCACACUGGUCGGCAAGCCAAGCGAAGAGGCCAUCACGCGCCUGCGUGCGGAAGUGACGAUUGCGGGCUUUAGCAGCGUCACAGCCGACGGUGAGGGUAUGCUGAGCGCGGUCCGACCUGAGGCGCCUGCUGUAUCGGUAGCCACGGCCUCCCCCGCUGCGGCGGUGCCACUGCGCAAGAAACUCGGCGGUGACGAGAACCGGCAGCAAAAGAAGGCAUCGCUGUGGGCGACACAGCCAGAGGCGCAGAUUGACGCUGACUCGCUUCUGGCUGGCAGCGACCGGAUGGGCCCGCGCGCGAUGAAGCGUGAGGACUGUACUGUUGACCUGACACAGCCUCGCUCGCGCCGAAAGCGUGCCUGUAAGAACUGCACGUGUGGCCUCCGUGAGCUGGAGGAGGAAGAGCGCAACGGUACGAUUGUGCAGCUGCUCGAGAGUGAAAUCAACGGCAGUGCCGGCGGUGCGCGACAGGAAGUUACUUCUACCGUUACGGGCCCUGAUGGUAUUGAGCGCACGGUCAAGCGGGUCCAGGUGGACACGCGCGGCGCGACGAGCAGCUGUGGCAGCUGCUUCCUGGGUGAUGCGUUCCGGUGCAGCACGUGCCCCUACCUGGGCAUGCCGGCCUUUGAGCCUGGCCAAAAAGUAGAGAUCCCUGUAUCUAUGGACGAUGAUGUGUAG